AUGCCUCCGACCAAAGAUCUCAAUCUCCCUUUCAGUGACAAUAUCAAGUACACUGCUUCGGAGGUAGACAGGAUGGAAGGCAACUGUGGCCUUUUGGAUGGAGCACUUAAUCUCCAAAAGGUGAAAGUCCUACACGAUCUGAACGGGGAUCCGGCUAAUUCCAGGGCCCAGGCGUUGAUCGACGGAUAG